CUGAAGGCUUUGGACUUGGUGACAUUGCGUGAACUCGCCAAGCGGGUCAAUGUGAUACCUCUGAUAGCGAAGUCGGAUACGACGUGUAAGGAUGAGCUGAUCCGCUUCAAAAACAAGAUCAUUAGCGAGCUGCGCAGUCACAAAAUUGAAAUCUAUCAGUUUCCGACAGACGACGAAACUGUAGCCCAGGCGAAUGCUGAGAUGAACAGUGCGAUGCCCUUUGCUGUAGUAGGUAGCGGAGAUUUUGUAAAGAAGGAGAAUGGAGUGCGUGUUAGAGCGCGCAGAUAUCCUUGGGGAAUCGUGGAAGUGGAAAAUGAACAACACUGUGAUUUUGUGAAGCUCAGGGAGGCGCUGAUUCGCACCAAUGUUGACGCACUGAGAGAGAAAACUCAUAACGUCUUGUAUGAGAAUUAUCGACGUGAUCGCCUGCGAAGCAUGCACAUGGGAGAUGGCGAUACGGGACCCAAAAUGGUAGAAAAGUUCACAUUGAAGCAAAAGGAAUACAACGAUGAGUUUACUGUCCGUGAAGUGAAAAUUCGUGAAGAUUUCCAGAGAAAUCUCGAGGCAAAGGAGGCCGAAAUGCGGCAGAGGGAGGAAUCGCUGAACAUGCGUUCUCGCGAAGUGGAAGAUUUGGCAGCACAAGAGCUACGUCGUCUAGAUAUGGAAAUCCGUACUUUGCAGGACGAACGUACUCGUUUAUUGGCGAAAGCUGUAAAAAAGUUGAAGAAAUGA